AUGAACUGCAUCAACGAACUGCAUAAUCUGAGACCUUAUGUUGACAAGUGUGAAAAGCCGCCGCAUAUACGAAUGCUAGAUAUCGGAGGAGACAAGGAAAUGACCAAGCAGAAGGAUAAAGACAGGGACAAGGACAAGGCACACAAAACCAGGCAAGGAAAGGGACACAGCAAGUACAGAUGCUCGACGUCAAGGAUCAAGCAACGCAAGAUAUGUGAUACAGCCUUGAAUGGGCAAUACCGAUGGGUGAUGCCAGGCGUAAUCGACAGCUCGCCACUUACAAGCUACCUACCUAUCGUGGGACAAAGGCUACCUACCUAUGCCUCCCGUAUGAUGUCGACAGAGCGAUCUAGUGGCAAAGGAACCGCUGUUCGCAUUGACGAUUCCAAGUGUAACUAA